AUGUCUAACAAAGGGGAUCGGCUGCCACGGUUCCUGUACGACCAGAUCCCGAGCGAGAUCACAAACUCGGGCGCCCUGAACAGCGAGAUCAAGUCGUCCAAAGACUCCCCGUAUUCCACUGCUGUACCCAGUAGGCCUCCCAAGACACAGAGUCGUCCUCCCUCCUCGCUGACCCUCGAUACCUCUGUGAGCCGAGUUGCGGCCGCCCAUAUUCCUGUCAAAGUUUCCAAAGAUGCGCAGUCGCUCGAGGUGCCCACAUCAGAGAGCAAUCCGGGAAACUCUCCUUUGUAUGGGAAUGUUAACGAGAAGCUGUCCACCAUUUUAAGUGCACCUGAGGAGCCUGAUGGCAACGAGUUUUCCUUUGAGACCUCACAUCCGGAGCAAUCACCGCUACGUGUUUCGAGGCGGAUAUCGCGCGGAUUUCACUCAAACUCGUCGUCUGUGUCCUGGUCCGUGAAUAAUCCUGAGGAGUGGACUCUGGAGAAUGUUGUUUUCUGGUUGUCCACCAACGGUUUCAACGAGAGCUGGAUCUCGCUGUUCACCUCAGAAAGACUUAUAAAGCACGAUUUCCUCAAGCUCCAGUCCUACAAUGAGCUUAAAAAGUAUGUGCCGUUCUUGGUGGCAGACGAAAAUUCCACCCCUACUCGCUUUAUUCAGCUACUAAGAAAAACGCUGGGCAAGAAUUCGGUGUCAAAACUAGAGUUUCCCAGUCCGUCAAUUUCGCUUGUUUCUGGGUCUUCAGUAGACUCUUCUCUGGAGGAGCAGGACCAUCAAGCGAUAGGAGACAAACUGCAGCCCGUGGUAUCUGCUCCUCCGCUGGCUGCAGACGACCUACAAAACAACGACAUGUUCUCAGGGGAUGACGACGAGUCUCAGAGACCGCGGCCUGUGUCGACCAUCGAGCCGUCGACGACUCAAUUUUAUCCCUCCUCGCCGUCGUUCCACUCCAAGGCUUUUUUCAAACGACACCAAAAAAGCAGCUCGUCGGAGUUGUCUUUCUUCUCGUCAGUGUUCGGCAAUAAUCCAGCCGGUGUGCCUCCUGCUUCUGCUGCUCAGCAGCAAAACACUUCAGCGGUGGAGUCGUUUCAGAAGAAGCACGAGAGAACAGGCUCCAAGGGCUCUAUUUCCGACUCGAGCACGCCUAAGAAUAUCUUCAAUAAGUUUUUUGGCAAAUCCAAGGCUGAGUAUGCUUUUCCAAAGAAGGAUUCUCCAGUGAGUCCCUCGUCUGCCAACGGGACCUUCAAGAAACCGCUAGAUCGCAAAGCCACGCACGAAAAGUCUUUCACGGUCUCGAAAAAUAAGCCAAGUGACCCAAAGUUUGAGAAAUUGGGGCCAGUUGGCAAGAAACCGUCGCCGAUCGGAGUCACGAUCCCAGUGGUCACCAAGUCCACUUUACACUCAAAAGACUCGUUUUGGUCGUCGACGUCGACGCUCGCUCCGCCUACCAAAUCGUCGUUUGUUCUGGAUCAAAAAUUCAGGCCUGUCCCGCGCAACAACCGCGACGUGUUUGUCCUGGCAUCCCGUGACAACGUCAAUUUUACCAGGGUCGACGUGAUGAACUGCACCCAUGUUGACGAGUUGAAACGCAAGAUUGCCGACGCACUGAAUAUCAAGUUUCUGUUCAAAGCAGAGUUUGCUCUCACAGGUUUCAACAGCGACCCGGGACAGCCGCUGGAUGACGAGACGUUGGAUGAGCUUAUGAAACGUAAGUUUUUUGGCGAAACCAUGAAAAUCCUGGUCACUCAGAAGGGUCUGGAACGGUACGCAAGCACGCUCUCUGCCUACUCUUCGCAGUCGUUGACGAGCGACAACUCACUGGACCGAAUCAACGAGACUCCGCAGUAUUUGCUCGAGGCAACCAAGAGCGUUGGUGUCGACUACGUGAACUUUAAGGAGUACAUGAGCCAAGAAAAUAACAAAAUGGCGUUUGUUGAGCCGAAGCGGUCGACAAGCUCCUCCCUCACAAGGGCUCGGUCCAUCACAACGACAUCGAACCCGGACCCGGCCACGUUCAGGGUGAUUCGUCCUGAAAAGCGCGAGAUCGAUUUCGACAAGAAGCGCGAGUCGCCGUUCGUUCGUCGCGACAGUCUUGUGGCUCGCCGCACGGCUCCUGCACCACCUGUCCAGGAACCACCUCCAAGCUCUGGCACUUCACCAGCUAACGCAAAAAACAGAAAGCCGCCGCCUCCGCUGCCAGAAACACAUGGCGAGAAAAACAGUAUAUCCAGAGCGAAGACUAUAAAACGCAGCGGAACGCAAAAAACUCUUUUUGAUCCGUUCAAAGAAAACACUGUCAGCUUCGAAAACGCUCCUGAACUCGAGGAAAGCGACGACGCUUCAUCGCUAGACUCGGACGAUGGACUCUUUGCAAAGGCUCCGUCCAAGAACUCAAACCAGAGCGUCAAAGUGCCGACCAACAUCAGCUCUUCGUCCACAGACUCUCCGCUGGAAAUCCGCCCUCCUCCUGAGGUGUUGUACGACAAUCUUGAGAUUUACUUCCCGAACACAGAUCUUGACAAGCUGAUUAUCGACGAGGUUGUGUCGCCUCCAGUUUCGCCGGUCGCAGAGGAGAAGCAGCCUGUGAAACCAGACUACUCUGGUCAUCUCAAGGCCCCUGAGCCGUCUGGAAAAAUCCACCGUAUGAAGAGCAUCCGUAUUGUUGCCCAGGAGGCAAAGAAGGAAGCCCAGAAAAAGCUAGGAAACAAUCGUUCCUCCGGCAGCCUGCUCAGACGUACAAGUACAAAGAUGUGGGGACAGAAGGUGGUAGAGGUUACGCCUGGUAACCGUGCAAGCUACGUGAACAAGUUGAAGAAUCACAAGGGCCAAUAUAAAGAGUUUGCAUGGGUGAAGGGAGAGCUGAUUGGAGUUGGAACGUUUGGAAAAGUGUAUCUCGCACUGAACGUCACGACCGGAGAGAUGAUAGCCGUCAAACAGACGGUGAUUUCCAGCAGGUUCAGGUCUAGCAGAGAAACGAAGGAAAUCAUGGACACGUUCCAUGCGGAGGUGGAUUCUCUCAAGGACCUAGACCACGUGAAUAUUGUCCAAUAUCUGGGUUUCGAAAAGAAAGAUAACGUCUACAGUUUGUUCUUAGAAUAUGUUUCUGGAGGCUCGGUGGGACAUCUGAUAAGACGCUACGGCCGCUUCUCGGAGGAUCUCAUCAAGUUCUUGACAGAGCAGGUGUUGCAGGGGUUGCAAUAUAUCCAUUCCAAGGGGAUUUUGCAUCGUGAUUUGAAGGCAGAUAACUUGUUACUGGAAAUGGACGGUAUUUGCAAAAUCAGUGAUUUUGGUAUCAGCAAAAAAGCCAAGGAUAUCUACACUAACGAGUCAGCAAUGUCCUUCCAAGGAACUAUUUUCUGGAUGGCUCCUGAGAUCAUAGAUAACACACAGCAUAAGGGCUACAGUGCGAAGGUCGAUAUCUGGUCUCUAGGAUGUGUGGUGCUGGAAAUGUAUGCGGGACAACGGCCUUGGUCCGAUUUUGCUAUUGCAGGUGCAAUCUUCAAGCUCGGAAACAAGAGCGCUCCGCCGAUUCCUGAAGAAACACGCAAGAUUAUGAGCAAUACAGGCUCUGCUUUCCUGGACCGAUGUUUCGUGACAGACCCUGAACAACGUCCUACAGCCACUGAACUUCUCAAACACGAGUUCUGCGAGAAAGACGAAACAUUCAAUUUUGCGGAAACAGAGCUGGCGCGCAAAAUGAAGCACGAGGAUACCCAGGAAAAGAAGAAAGCUGAUAUGAUGAUGCAGAGCAAGGCGGUGUAA